AUAAUAAUAAUAAUAAUAAUACUAAUAGUAACCAUUGAAUGAAUUCAAUCAUUUCAUUUAUUAUAUAAUUUUAAAAAAAAAAUUCAUUAUAAAAUUGAUUAUGAUAAAUGAUAAAUUGCCAAAAUGUAAUAAUAUACAUGAAAGAGAUCAUGUCUCAUUUAUACAAUCAAUUAUAUCAGUGAUUCUAUUAAGUAUAAUAUGUUUAUUAGGUAUUAUUGGUAAUAGUUUAGUUAUAAUUGUUUAUUGUAUAAAACCUAAACCUUAUACAAAUCGUUACAUGAUUCCUCAUACAAUGAUCAAUAACCAUAUGAAAUCAAAUAUCAAUAAUAAUAAUAAUAAUAAUAAUAAUAAUAAUAAUAAUCCCUUGGAUACUACUAUGACAAAUAAAUUAAACUCUAAUUCAACAUCAUUCAAUAUAAUAAAAUCUUAUCCAUUACCAUUAUAUAGAAAUAAAUUAAAUCAACAAAAUUUAAUAUUAUUACUUGCAUUUAUUGAUUUAUUAACAUGUUUAUUUAUAUUACCAUGGGAUAUAUAUCGUGUUGCAAAUUAUGCAUAUGAUGAAACUAUUCCUAUAUUCAUUAAAUAUGAUCUAUAUAGUAACCAAAAUGAUUCUUUUAUAAAUCAAACUGGAAUAAAUACUAAUAAUGAUAAUAAUAAUAAUAAUAAUAAUGAUAAAGGAUUUUAUGCCAAUUAUAAAUUAAAUGCUAUACUUACAUUAUUACGUAAUAUUAUAUUUGCAUGUGAAGGUAGUGUAUUAGCUGCAAUUGCAUUUGAACGAUAUAUGAUCCUUGUUAAACAAGGAGGUAUAUGUAAAUCAAUAUGUUGUCAUUUAUUGAAUAAAAUAGACAAUAAUAAUAAUAAUAAUAAUAAUAAUAAUAAUAUAAAUUAUAUUCAUCCUAUUAAAAUGACUUCAUUAUUCUCAAAGGGUACAUCUAAUUAUGGUAACUCGAAUGAAAUAAAAACAUCAUCACAAUUAAUGAACUCAACCAAUUCCACUAAUAUGAAAUAUAAAACUAAUCAAUUAUGUCCAUCAAAUACAUGUAUCAUUUCAAUAUUGAUGAUAGUUACUAUAGGAACAUGUUUAUUGGAAUGUAUAUUGAUUAUAUUUGAUUUAAGUAAAUGGGAUUGUCAAUUAACAGAGAAAUUUCGUGAAUUAAUCAAUCAAAUCUAUAUUUUAUUAACUUUUAUAUCAUUUAUUAUUAUUACAUAUUUAUAUGUAAGAAUAUUUAUAACAGUUCGAGAGAAUGAUUUACGUAAACAACGAUGGUUAACUACUACUACUACUACUACUACUACUAAUAAUAAUAAUAAUAAUAAUAAUAAUACUAGUACUACUAAUUAUUCAUCAAUGAAAUUAUUCAAUAAAUCUAAUUCAUUUUUACAAUCAUCAAUAGAUGAUAGUGAAAUAGAACCAGUAUUCAAGAUGACUAGGGAAAAUGAAUCCACUUCAACUGUUCUAUCAAUUGAUUCAAAAAACAAUUGUGAACACGAUUGUGGUACAUCACAAUCAAUAAGAUAUGGAUUACCAUUUAGAUUAGUUAAACAAUUAAGUUGUGAUCAAAUAAUGACAAAACAACAACACGACCAUCAUCAUCAUCACCACCACCACCAACAACAACAACAACAACCACAACAGCAAUGUUAUCAACAACAUAAUUUACAAACAACUAUACAAUGGAAUACAUUAAAAAAAAGACGUAUCAUAUUAAAAACACCAUCUAUAUCAACAUUAUUUGAACAUCCACAUGAUAAACAAGAAUCGAAUAGAUCUAUUCUAACAAAAUAUAAAUCAAUUAUGAAUACUGGAACAACAACAACAACAACAAUACCGUCCCCAAUAUCACCAUUCUCGGUUAAUCGUUUAGUCUCUAAACGUGUAACACGUAGUCAUCGUACAGGCUUAAUGAUAUUUAUUUCUACUGUAAUAUUUUAUGCUACAUUAUUUCCUGUUUUAUGGGUACAUUUUAAAUUCUGGUGGAAAUAUACCACCACCACCACCACUACUACCCCGACCCCCACCACCGCUAUCAGCACCACCACCAUCACGAAUUACUCUACUAAUAAUAGUAUUCAUCCAAACAAUCGAUUCAAUAAUAUUACAAAAUUCAUGAUAAAUAAUCAAGAGAAUGAUGGAAGUUUCAUGACAACGGUACAUCAUGAAUUCUAUUAUGUCAAUAAUGCUGUGAAUUUUUUUAUUUAUUCAUUAUUGAAUCAAAGUUUCCGUGCAAAAUUAAAACGUUUACUUGCUAAAUAUUGAAUAUUGAAUAAGAUAAUUAAAACAAAACUAAAUGAUGGAUUAUUAUUAUGAUUAUUAUUAGAUUUUAUAUAUUGACACAUUGAAAAGAACUUACUUACUAACUUACUUACUUACUUACUUACGCCAGUUACACCUCACAAAGGAGCAUAGGCCGCUCAUCAGCAUCCUCCAUACAACCAUGUCUUGGGCAAUCCCUUCCAUCUCUUUCCAGUUGUUAUUCAUCCUUUUCAUAUCUGAUUCUAUUUCCCGAUGUAAUGUGUUCUUUAGCCUUCCUCUUUUCCGCUUCCCUUCAGGAUUCCAAGUUAGAGCUUGCAUCGUAAUGCAGUUUGAUGAUUUGCGUAAUGUAUGUCCUAUCCAUUUCCAUCGUCUUUUCCUAAUUUCCUCUUCAACUGGAAGCUGGUUAGUUCUCUCCCACAAAAGGCUGUUGCUGAUGGUAUCCGGCCAAUGGAUGUUGAGUAUCCUGCGUAAACAGCUAUUGAUAAAUACUUGUACCCUCUUGAUGGUGGUUGUUGUACUUCUCCAGGUUUCAGCUCCAUACAGUAGAACUGGCUUGACACAUUGAAAAGAAGUAAGCAAAUAAACCAAAAAACAAAUAAUUCAAUGAUUUUUGGUUAGUUCAUUUUUCUUCUUCUUCUUCUUCUUCUCUGACAUUACUACUCAUAAAUAUGAUUAUAUAAGUAGUUGAUUUAGAUUGGAUAAAAAAAUGCUCUAUUGAUAUUUGAUGAAUAAUAUAUUGAGAAUUUUGUCUGGUUAGUGUUUUUUGUUUUGUUUUUUUAAAUAGAGAGUUAGUUUUCGCUAAUCUAAUGUCCAAUCUUUCUAUUAUAUCCACAUUUGAGAUCGGUAGUAGCUUCAAAGUGGUUUCGAGUGGAGAAGAAUUGAUACAACAAUUGGAUAAAAUUAAGAAGGAAGGCAUAUGAUAGAGUGGUUCAUUGCUUAUGCUCCAUUAGGGUUAACAGGCAUAAAGAAAUGAAUGAAUGAAUGAAUGAAUAGUGAGAUUUUUACUGAUAUUAACCUCAACUAAUGAUCAGGGAUCAAAUUUUGGAUAAUUAUUGUUUUCUAUGUAAUAUUUAGUAGUGAUCAUCUGGAUUUCUUAUCACUUUUAGUUAAAUAUUAAAUAUAGGUAAGCAUAUUACCUGGUUAAAAUGUAUAUGUUAAUUAAGAAGUUCAUAGCUUGUUAGGUUAUUAGUGGGAUCAUUGUAAGUGAUUCGACGAUAAUCAGUCAAUUGAAGCUAGACCACAAUGGAAAACCUGGAAGGAUUGGACGGUCGCUUCGUCCUAGUAUGGGACUCCUCAGCAGUGCGCAUUCACGAUCUCGCCCCCCUCCUGCGAGAUUCGAACCCAGGACCUAUCAGUCUCGCGCCAGGCGCUUAAUCAACUAGACCACUGAGCCGGCAUAUAACGGUGUUAAUGUCUAACUUCAACUAAUUCACGAAGUUGCGCCACCGUACACCAUUGUCUUCAGUGAGCUGAUAUCUCACAACAGACCUAGUUGAACUAAUCAAUAUUGUAAUAAAUAGAUGUUUCUUUUAUAGGUGAUAUUUUCAACAGGUUAACUUUGACUAUAGUAUCAUUGUAAAUCACAAAGUACUAGAUAACUCUUUUAUCUUGGUAAUGGGAUAACAUUUAUAUCUGACUGUAAGCGCCUAAACAUUAAAUCACGAGGAUGAGAUACCAUAGAAAAUAAUUACGGCUUACGUUAAUUUAUACGGUGGCAUGUAUGCUAUUCAAAGUAACUGAUGACAACUAUUCUUCCCUUGACAAUUCGGAACUUUACAAUUCAUGAUAACUCAUUGGAAAUUUAAGGACUCUUCUCGAAACAAGGUACUAAUGAUCAUAUUUAUAUUAUUCAUCAAUGGAUUAAUUUGUGGUAGUUUGUGAGAGAGUAACUCAUUGAUGACAAUGGUGGAUGUGUUGCUUAAUUAGUUGAGGUUAGACAUUAACACCAUUAGAUGCCAGCCAGCUCAGUCGUUUAGUGGUUAAGCGCUCGCGCGUGACACUGAUAGCUCUUAGGUUUGAAUCCUGCGAAACGGAAUUGUGGAUGCGCAUGGUUGAAAAGUCUAACAUUAGAACUAAAACGGCCGUACAGUGCUUCUAGGUUUUCUAUGGUGAUCUAGCUUCAAUUGAUUCAUGAUCUCAACUACUAAAAUUACUAGAAAUAUUUAUUGAUGAAUAUCAACGGUUGUAAUUCUAGUUAGAAACCAUUAUCAGUCGAAGUUCAAUCGUGUUAACCAAAAACGGAGUUAUCAAAGAUGACAACAAAUAUUACUUAAAAAUAUUCUAUAUUAAAUGUUUAUUCACUUAUUGAUUCAUAACGAAUUCAACUAGAGAUAUGAAGUAAUGAACUCUCUACUGUUCUUUAGUAUUCAGUAGUUUUUUUCAACUGUUAUCAAUUUUUUUUCCAUAAAAUGCUAACUGUCUUGUUCCACGAAACCGAAGAGUACUUAAUUACUUACUUACUUACUUACUUACUUUCGCCUGUUACUCCUAAUGGAUAAUAAACCGCAGACUAGCAUUCUUCAAUCCAUUCUGUCAUGGGCCUUUAUUUCAAGUUCUAUCCAAUUUUUGUUUAUUUUUCUCAUGUCUGUUUCCAUUUCUCGACAUAAUAUGUUCUUUGAUUUUCUUAUUUCCCUUUGGCCUUGAGGAUUCCAUGUGAGGGUUUGCUUUUUGACUCAGUUGGAUGCUUUCCUCAAUGUAUAUUCUAUCCACUUCCAUCACUUCUUCCUGAUUUUUUCCUCCACUACGAUCUGGAUUUUUCUCAAACGAAAGAGUAUCUUCAAUAAAACAUUUAUUGAGCUAAAACUUUCUUUUUAAUCAAUUAAGAAUCAUAAUACUG